AAUCGCGAGUAACAAUAACAGUGAGAUGUAUGUUCAAAAUAUCUUUUAUUUGCAAUUAAUUGUUGCAUCGUACGCGAGCAAUAUAGAUAUCAUUCGUGAUUAUUUCAUUUUUAAAAAUGUUCCUAGAGUGGCUGGAUUUUCUUGUGGAAACAUUGAAAAUGAUUAUCAAAUUCUUAAGCUUCUAAAUGAAGUAGGAAUUGGAGUGUCUAUUACUCAAUUUACAUCGAUAAUCAAUAUACCACAAUUUUUGCAUACUACUUAUUGGAAUUUAGGUAUAUUUGUGGAUCUGGAAUGUUUAGUUUCAGACGAGAAUAUAGUGAAACUUUUUUACGAGACUUCAACCUAUUACAUGUUCGAUCAUUUACAUCAAUGGUUGAUUUUGGAGAAAAAUAUGACUCACAUACUUCAAUUAUUAAAUGACAAUAUGUUUAGUAUCAUUACGGAUGUCACAAUUGCUAUAUCAAAAGACAAUGAUUAUAUUUUGUAUGAUGUAUACAAUCAUUGCAAAAAUUACGGUGGUUUGUUAAAUAUUACGAAACUUGGUACCUGGACUAAAAACAAUGGAUUACAAAUUAUUUUAGAGACAAAUAAAUUUUCCAGAAGAUGGAAUUAUCACAGGAUGAAAAUAAAAGUUGCUGGUCUUGUAGUAAAGAGACCUAAAAAUCAAAGUUUAAUAGAUUAUCUUCAAGAAGAAAAUUUAUAUGAACAUACAGAUAAUUGGUCUAAAUUUGGAUAUGCUAUUAUGAAACAUAUUAAACAACUAUUCAAUUUCACUUUUGAAUUAAUAGAAUUAAAUCAUUGGGAAAAAAAUGAUAGUAAUGGACCAUUAAUUGCUGGUUUAAAAAAUGGCAUUUAUGACUUGGGAUAUUUUCCAUCAAUUUUGACAAAAGAAAGGUUCAAUUAUGCAGAUGUAAUUUUACAAGUUUGGCCUAUAAGAACAUGCUUUAUGUUUCUUACCGUACCUUCAUUAAAAGUGGAUAUGGAUAUAAUCUUUAGACCAUUUGCAAGAAAUGUUUGGUAUAUGAUUUUAAUAUUAAUAGUCGCAAUAAUUCUCGGCUUAUGGAUUAUUUUCAAACUUGAAGAGAAUGAUUCUGCUUAUGGAUCAACAAUUCUUAUUAUUAUUGCUGCAUUAUGUCAACAAGGUUUACCAUUUUUUAAUAAUCAAUUUUCAAGUCGUAUUGCUUUUCUUCAAACCAUGAUCUUUGGUUUACUUGUAUAUAAUUAUUAUUCAGCAGCUAUAGUAUCUAGUCGAUUGAAUGCACCUUUAGAUAAAAUGAAUGAUUCAUUAUAUUCAUUAGUAAAUAGUCGAAUGAAACUUGCAGCAUAUAAGGAUAUUUAUUUUAAUAUUUUAUUGCAUUCUUCUGUGGAAGAAGUUCAAUAUUUUAAAAAAUAUUGGGAGAAAAUACCAGAAAAAAAAAGAUAUCUUUCUAUACAAGAUGGUUUAAAAAAAAUGACGACAGCUAAAUUUGCUUAUCAUGCAGAUCCUAUGAAUGUUUAUCCAUUUAUAGAACGUGUUUUUGAUAAACAAAUGAUCUGUCAACUUACUGAAGUUCAUUUACUUCGUCCUUCUUCGUUAGGUUUGUGGUCAACGCGACAUAGUCAAUUUCAAGAGAUAACAAAAAUAGGUCUUAUUAGGAUAUCUACUUCGGGGAUUCGGAAGCGAGAAGUGAUACGUUGGACUUAUAGGAAGCCUUAUUGUGAUAAAGAUAAACACUAUGUAUCAAGUAUAACGAUUCAUGAAACAAUACCAAUUCUACUUGUUUUAUGUUUUGGCAUCAUUCUAUCAAUUGUUAUUUGUUUUAUAGAAAAUAUAAUUUUUCACACGAUUAGAAAAAAACAAAGACAAAUAAAAGAAUCUGAGUUUUAA